AUGCGUUCCUUGAUAAUAUUGUUAUUAUCAGUUCUUACUGUUGUCUACGGAAUUCCUAUAAAGAAUAUUGCUCUCAAAAAUGGUGUUAUCAAUGUAGAUCAAAUUAAUAAUAACUUAAUAAUUUUCAACCUCACGAAAAAUGAUGGCACGAACAUGGUUAAUAUAUUUUUUACGAGAAGUAAAUCGAAUACACAGAAGAGUCCCUUCGAGAAAUGUGAUGACAAUAAAGUGUGUAUAUUAAAGGAUUCUACACAGACAACAAUCAACUUCAGUCCCGAAAAAGAAACCGCCAUUAUCACUCGUACGCUCACUAAUCCUGCUGACGAACUCCUCGAUUGUUUCCAACUUACUGAUGACACGCAAUGGUUUGGCGGUCCGCAGUUUCGUUAUCAGCGUUGGCCUGUGCAGAAUAUGUACUAUGAAGAAGAGCCAUACUUGUCGAGGCAUCCUGGAAAUAUGGCAAUAGCCGAGCGUUAUUGGUUGUCCAGCAAAGGAAUUUACAUCUACGUAGACGAUGCAAGCCCGCUAUUCCUCGAUCAGAACAAUUAUCGAGAUAAAUACCUAUGUAUGAUCGUCAAAAAUAAAGCGCCCUACCAUCAUCGCGACAACAUCAAAGUCACCUACACAGUGGGUGUCUUUUCGGAUUCAAAAACUGCUCAUCAAUAUGCGGUAAAAAAUCAUUUGGGGAAGCCGACGGGUCAUCCAAAUGAACGGAUGGUUAAACAUCCUAUAUGGUCUACUUGGGCCAGGUACAAGGCCAACAUCAACGAGAAGAUGGUGGAAACUUACGCGGACGAAAUUGUAGCCCAUAAAUUCAAGAAUAGUCAGAUCGAGAUAGAUGACAACUGGGAAAUUUGUUACGGCACCGCCGAAUUCGAUCCCGUUAAGUUUCCCAAUGUCAAUGCUCUCAUGCAGCGAUUGAAGAACAAGGGAUUCCGCAUCACUUUAUGGAUACAUCCCUUUAUCAACCGAAACUGUGAACCCGCGUACUCCUUUGCACUGAAUAACAAUUAUUUUGUUAAAAAUCUCGAAGGGAAUGUUCAAAUGUCGUGGUGGAAGGGUUCAGAUGCCGCCACGAUUGACUUUACGAAUCCGAAGGCUGUAGCGUGGUGGGUGGACCGCGUGAAACGUCUUCAAGAUUUGGGCAUUGACAGUUUUAAGUUCGAUGCUGGUGAGGUGUCCUGGUUACCACAGGUGCCAAAGUUGAACGGCCCGUCUGACUUGCAGCCAGGUAUAUUCACGCAGGAAUUUGCCCGCAUACUCGCACACAACUUCGACGACAACAUCGAAAUGCGGGUGGGAUGGCGCACCCAGGACUUACCGAUAUUUGUUCGCAUGCUCGAUAAAGACACCAGGUGGACGUGGAAUAAUGGUCUGCCUACACUAAUCACGACGCUACUACAGAUGAACCUUAAUGGAUAUGUGUAUGUGCUGCCGGACAUGAUCGGCGGCAAUGGCUACCUCGAUGGUUCGCUCGACAGAACGGACUAUCCAUCUAAAGAGUUAUACAUCAGAUGGCUGCAGACCACCGUCUUUAUGCCAACGAUACAAUAUUCUUUUGUACCGUGGGAUUUCGAUGAUGAUAUUAUCAACAUUUGUAGAGGAUUUACCGAAUUGCACGCGAAUUACUCGACAGAUAUUUUAUUUGCCAUGCAGCAGGCUGUUGAUAGUGGCAUUCCUGUAAAUCCACCUAUUUGGUGGAUUGAUCCGCUCGAUUCAGAAGCUCACAAAAUUAAUGACGAAUAUCUUCUUGGAGAAUCUAUAUUGGUUGCUCCGAUAACUGAAGAGGGUGUCGAAAGUCGUAAUAUCUAUCUACCUAAAGGUAGAUGGUUUGAUAUGAAUCGAGAAAAAACUUAUGAAGGACCGAUAUGGCUGCAAAACUAUUAUGCCCCUUUAGAAAUACUUCCUUUUUUCAAAAAAUUAUCAACAUAA